AUGGCAGAUUUUGUGGAUGUGAGGCAUGUUAAACAAUACAUGCCCCGUUUACCCACACUUGAUCGUGAUUUCAAGAUGUUAUUCCGUUUUGAAGAACAAAAUGUAUCGGUCAAGAACUUUCCAACUACCAACAGAGAAAUAGUAGAGGCAAAACAGUUAUGGCAAAGGAAGUAUAAGUUUCCGACAGCUAUUGGUGUCAUCGAUUGUACUCACGUGGGGAUACUGAAACCAAAGCUGCAUGGAGAUGAGUACAUUAAUCGAAAAGGCAAGUCUACUCUGAAUGUUCAAGCCACUUGUGAUGCCAAAGAAAUGUUCACUAGUGUUGAUAUUAGUUGGCCUGGAUCCGUGCACGACUCAAGGAUAUGGAGAAAUUCACAAGUGUGUUUACAAUUAAGAACUAAAGCUAAUGCUGUGCUACUUGGUGAUGACGGAUAUGGAAUAGAGACAUGUCUCAUGACUCCAUAUCGAAAUCCUACAUCCCCUGCUGAGCACAAAUUAAAUUUCCAACAUGUAACUAAGCGCUCCCGAAACACGAGUCAACCUUUAACUUCUGCUUGGAGGAUAUCCUCGCAAUUGCCCGUCAAUAUAUCCGCCGAUCAUACUCACUAA